UAUGUUUGAUUUGAAUGGUUAUAUAUACAAUAUGACCGAAAAAAAUGUCAGCACAGCAGCCAUUAAAAUAGGCAAUAUCACUGGAGUGAUUGCUAAACUAUCACCGAAUCCUGCUGUCAUGAACUUUGGCUUCACAUCAAGUAAAGAUGUAAAUGUAUGUAGCUUCAGUUAAAAAAAUAAACAAACUUGUAAAAAAAUUAUUCUUCCUGAGUUUGAUCAUUUCUAUUUGAGAUAGAUUCUUGGACAAAACUACAAUGCGAAGAAAAUAUUUGCCACCGAAAUUCACCUCCCCACAGAAGCCAUAGAUAUGGCGCUUGCACAAAAUGAAAAUUAUAUAAGAAUUCUAAUAUUUCCAGGAGUGUUUAAGAAUGACAACGAUUCAUCUGUUUUGCAUGGUGAAGUGCUAGGAAUUGAAAUGGGAUCAAAAAUAUCCAAUCUAUCAAAACCCAUUGACAUUCAGUACAACAAUGCCACACUGGUGAAGUCUGGAUUAACUCCCAAAUGUGUAUCAUGGGAUAACAAUAAACGUAAUGGAAAUGAACCAAACUGGACCACAGAUGGGUGCACAACAAUUAAGAACUCGGAUAACGUUAAAUGCCAGUGCUCUCAUCUUACAUUCUUUGGGAUUUUGCUUUCAAGCGUGCCACUAAUCGAAGACGGUAAGCCAGAAAAACUCCUAACUUUCGAAGCCCCGAAGACUCCUCUGGACUCAGAUCAAGCAGCAAAAUUAAUGAAGAAUCUUAGUUUCAUACUGGACCUUAUGGGCAACUCCAGCUCAGCUGCCAUCAAAAUGGGCAACAUUACUGGGGUUAUGUCUAGACUGCCAAAACAAAAUCAGACAGUCAUGGACUUUGGCUUUCAAUCAAGUGGGGAUGUAAUGAUUCUCAAGGAAAACAAUAAUGGGGUGACAAACAUCAAGCAAACGAUUCACUUUCCUAAGAAAGCCAGUAAAUCGGCUGUUGAACAAAAUGGCUCAUUUGCAGGAGUUUUUCUUUUCCCAGAAAUUGAGAAGCUCAACAAAACCAGUUCCUUUUUCAACAAUGAAAUGAUGGGGGUUGAAAUGGGAGUGAGCAUAUCCAACCUCUCAGAAACCAUUGAUAUUCACUUCACUGAUGUGAAUACGACUGAAUUUAAUGCCACUUGUGUAUCAUGGGAUGGCACAAGUAAAGAAGAAGGUGGCAAAAACAAGUGGAUCACGGAUGGCUGCCUAACAAACGAGGCCAAUGGCAGCAUCACAUGCCAGUGCUCUCAUCUUACAUUUUUUGCUAUUCUCAUGUCCACAGAUGUACAGAUCAGUUCCUCUGACUUGAAAACCCUGACCCAAAUCACAAAGGCUGGCUGUGGCAUAUCCUUGUUCUUCUUGGGUGUGGCCCUCUUCAUGCAUUUUCUGAUCAGGAAAACUAAAGCCAGUGAAUCUGUAAAGAUCCUCAUGAAUCUCUUUGUCGCCUUGUUCUUCCUGAACCUUUGCUUCUUGGUAAAUGAGUCAAUCGCUAAACUGAAGGUCUCAGCAGCAUGUGUGGCGAUGGCAGCGGCUCUGCACUACAGCAUGCUGGCCACAUUCACAUGGUUCUUCAUGCAGGCCUUGCACCUGUACUUCAAUCUACACCAGAUCUCCACAGGCAUCAAAUAUUAUAUGGGCAAGAUUUGCAUCACGGGAUGGGUUGUUCCAGCUGUUGUGGUUGUUGGACUUCUUGCUUCAAGCAAAUAUGACUACAUCGACAUUUCUGAUAAUAAUGGAACCUCUGUAACUAUGUGCUGGAUCCCUGAUUAUGCGACCCACUUAGUUGUAAACAUUAGUUACUAUGGCAUUGUGUUCAUAUUCACUUUAACCAUAUUUGUCGUAACCGUAGUGCAGAUCAAACACUUUACACCCAAAGAAGCAAAAACCCAAGAAUCCACCAAGAAAAGAGUUUUCUCUCUUCUGGGACUUUUCUGCCUCUUGGGCAUCACCUGGGGAUUUGCUUUUUUUAGCUACGGCCCUCUGCUCCUUCCCUCCUACUACAUCUUCACCGUCCUUAAUUCUUUUCAAGGAUUCUUCCUGUUCGUUUACUACUACUUCUCCAGCAGGAUCCUUCCAGAGGUCAGCAAGCAAACCAAGAGCAGCAACCAAACCUCAGAGACUGUGUCCAAGUCUCCUUAUGGUUAAGGUACUUAUUCCUUCCUCCUUUGGACAUUGAAUGAAUUAAAUCAUAUUCCCAACUGAAAUUCAAUAUCUUUUCUUGUGGAGCUUUUUUCACCUUUUUGUCUGAUGAGGCUGUAUGGACACUAGAGGACAGCAUUUCAUUUCACAUGGCAGUUGCUGUAAUGGUCUAAAGAGUUUUCUCUCUGUGUCGGACUCUUUCCAAAAUGUAAAAAACAGUCUUGAGUUUUAAAUUGACCUGAAAUCAGGAACUUCUUCCCUCAGAUAAUGUCCAGGAAAUCAUCAGUCUGACUCCAUAAUUUACUAAAAGCCAUGUCUUACCUUACCAUAUCAUACUACCAUUUGUAUUUAAAAAGCAACACAGUAACAGGUACUACUUUCUAACUUUCUAAAUGAAACUCCACAGCUUCAGUGGAAUGCAAAUUUUGACUGAUUGGUAUGAUAAAUGUGGCUCUUUUACAACUGGCCAAGAGAACAACGUGGCUAAGAGAAUGUGACUCACUUAAAGCUAUUCUCCAAAAUGUAACUACUUGGACUGAUUCAGAUGAAUACAUAUAAAUGUAAGCAACAUUUAAAAUAUGAUUCUUUUCUGUUGGGUUACAAAAAAAGGUAAUGUGUACAGUGACUUGUUGAACUCCCCUACAUUUUUCGCCUUACUGCUACAAACUUUUAAAAAGUAACUUGUGAGGAAUCAAGUAUAUCCAUUAAUUUAUCUACAUACACUGUACAUAUGUUUAUUACUAUUAUAUUAUGAGCCAGACAAAGCCAGAAUUGCACAAAAUUAUCAAACUUUUUACCAGAUCUUUUACCAAUAUGAAUGACAUGCAUUUGCAUGCAGCUUCCUUUAAUUUGACACAAACAGUUCAAUUCAGAUGUCACUUAACCCCAUGGAGGAGGUUUGGAUCAUUAUUAGGGCUCUCUGACCUUUAUGGUCAGCAUAAGUGUAGUUUUAAAUUUGAUCAUGUCUCUAGGUAUUUUAGUUACAUAGCUGACAAAACAACCAGAAAUGACCAAAACAGCACAAGGCGAUAUAAUGUUCAAGCUGUGCUAAAUAUGCAAUCACACAUAAUUGUAGCACCAGCUGUCAAAUUUUUUUGCCAGGAGGCACCAUUGGCACAUUUUUCGCUCUACAGGUUCAUUCAAAGUUUGUGUUAGGUAAUCCACCUCUCCUUCUGGCAGCUCGUUCUGCGCGUAGACUCAGUAGCCCUGAGGGAGAAAACCCAUUUCACACUUCUGUCAAAACCGAUUGGUGUUACCUUAUGUAUGUAAACACCUGCCAAUAAGUUUGCAUGGUUGCUGAGAGGCUUCUGCCAAAAGAUUAAAAAGAACUGUGAAAUUGGAAGAGACAAUUUUAGCAAAAUGCAUCAGUCUUGAAUCAGAAGAAAAUAAUUGUUAAGGUAGCACUACUGAUUUCAUUAAAAAUACACCAAUAAUAUGGUAGCAAAACAUGGAGGCAGGAGAUUUUGGUAACAAUUGAGAGUGUAAGGUAACCUGCUUUUGCUGUUAAUACUUGCGUUUUCUUCAGCUGUUUUUAGCACCCCUACAGGCAAACUAAGGUACUGCUGUUUCCUGAUUAGGGUCAGUGAUUUGAUGUCUCAUAAUAAACUGAAAGGUCCUGACAUAGCA